AUGACCUCGGACGAGAUCAAGAUCGACAACGUGGGAACGACACAGCCAGAUGCCAGCGGGGAUGGGUCCAUUCAAGCAGCGGUGCCUUGCUUGCCUUUCCUCCGAGGUGACUACUUGGGAGAUCGAGAGCUGAACCCCCAAGAGUUGUUUUGGCGGUUGCCUCUGACCAUCCAGCGCCGGUUGGAGAAAUGGCGAGGAAGGGGUAGGGGAGCGAAGGUCGAAGAGAGAUUGCGGGGUCAAGACUCGAGAGAAACGAUCGCAAACGACGUGACCAAGCAGCGUAGAGGGAAGCUACGAAUUCAUAUUGCAUUAUCGGGACGUCAGGAUGCCAAAGUGCCCGAAGUCCUGAUCCUAGGGUACCUUACCGUAUGUAUGCAGGCCAAUGAUCUGAUAAUUACAUGCUCAGUUCUUGGCAAUCCCUCACGGUACAUUCAGCUACCUCGUUUCUACGACGUCAUUGCCUGGAAUCGCCUUGAAGCCUCAGAUUUUGGAAGGCUUGUACGGAGAGUACCGACUUCCAUUCAACCGACUCUGGAAAAUGUGACUUCCCCGCGCAACCUCCUCCUCAUCCGGAGUGCCCGGUACGGGAAAGGGACCCCGCUGAUUGACCGCAACGAUGAACCAAGCUGGCGGAGCAUCCAAAGCCCUUCUGCCGAAUCGAACGGGUUGCAUCUCGUCUUAUGUGGUGUGGGAUUCUGCGGCAACGGCACAGAGUAG